AUGAGUGCCUCCAAGGCGCAGUCUCAAAAGAUCUUCGAGAAGCUGAAGUUGAAGCCCGCAAACAAGGUAUGCUUCGACUGCGGCUCUAAGAAUCCUACGUGGUCUUCGGUGCCAUUCGGUAUUUACUUGUGCCUGGACUGCUCCGCCCACCAUCGCAAUCUCGGUGUUCACAUCUCCUUUGUUCGCUCCACCAACCUCGACCGUACGUAUCCUCCCAAAUUCCUCCGAAUCUUCAAAUCUGCCCGGCGCUUUACAGAGGCUAACGUGAGAUACACAGAAUGGCAAUGGGAACAGCUGCGGGUGAUGAAGGUUGGCGGAAAUGAGUCGGCGACGAAAUACUUCCAGUCGCACGGUGGGUCGGCGGCCCUGGCUAGCAAGGACUCGAAGGUCAAGUAUACGUCCAAUGCGGCUGUCAAGUAUAAGGAAGAGCUCAAGAGACGCGCCGCGGCGGAUGCGCAACAGUAUCCCGAAGAGGUCGUCAUUACUGAUCUGCCCGCUGGCACCCCCUCCGAUGGCUCGAACACCCCUGCCGAUACAGACGACGAUUUCUUCUCCUCCUGGGACAAGCCCUCGAUCAAGCGCCCCAGCAACCCUCCGUCCCGCACUGGAACGCCACCUGUUGUGAACCGCACCGGAUCUCCUUUCCUGAACGCCGGCUCGAACGGCUCUCGCUCGAAGUCUCCCCUGUCUGCGUCGGAAGAGAAGGCCUCGUCUCCUGCCCCGACCGCCAUUCGCCCCACUCCCGCUGUUCGCAAGACCUCUUCAACCGCCGGUGCGAAGAAGGGUGGCGUUCUGGGAGCUAAGAAGGCACCAAAGCUUGGAGCGAAGAAGGUGGUUGCUAGCGACAUCGAUUUUGAAGAGGCUGAGCGUAAGGCCAAAGAAGAGGCCGAGCGUAUUGAGAAGCUUGGAUACGAUCCCGAAGCUGAGCAGGCCGAGGCCGACGCGAAGGCCCGUACCGCCACUUCCACUGCGGCUACUCCCAUCACGGCUCCCACCCCCAUCAGCCCAGGACGCAACAGCAAGACCCAUGAGCGGAACUCGAGCGACGUUGAGCGACUCGGCAUGGGCAUGAACAGACUCGGAUUCGGCCAGGUCUCGAAGCCUCCGGCUCCCAAGAAGCUUGGCUUUGGCGCCGUCGGUGCUGCCAAAUCUCCUCUGGAUGAGGAGGAACUUGCUGAGACUCGGACGCGUUUCGGUUCCCAGAAGGGUAUUUCUUCUGACGAGUUCUUUGGACGUGACCGCUUCGACCCCAACGCACAGGCCGAGGCCAAGCAGCGGCUGCAGGACUUUGGUGGUGCGACCUCAAUCUCCAGCAACGCCUACUUCGGCCGGCCCGAGGAUGAGCUCCCUGCGAUCGAUGAUGGAUAUGGUGACCUGGAGAAUGCGGCUAAGGACUUUGUUCGCCGCUUCGGGAUCACUGCCGGUGAUGACCUCGAGAAUCUGUCGUACAUUGUUGGCGAGGGGGCGACUAAGCUUCAAGGUGCUAUUCGCAACUACCUGAACAACUAA